AUGGCCAAUUCCACCCUGGUGACUGAGUUCCUCCUGGCGGUUUUUGCUGAGACUUGGGAGCUCAGGCUGCUGCUCAGUGUGCUGUUCCUGCUGGUGUACCUGGGCAGCUUGUUAGGGAACCUUAUCAUCAUCAUCGCUACCACAGUUGACCAGACCCUGAACACUCCCAUGUACUUCUUCCUCAGGAAUCUGUCCAUCUUAGACAUGUGCUACAUUUCUGUCACUGUCCCCAAUGCCUGUGUCAACUCUCUCACUGACCACAAGAAAAUUUCUGUGGCUGGGUGUGCAGCACAGAUCUUUUUUGUCUUCUUUUGUGCAUGUGUAGAGAUUCUGUUUCUCACCAUCAUGGCCCAGGACCGCUAUGUGGCCAUCUGUAAGCCUCUCCUCUACCCUGUGAUUAUGAACCACCAAUUCUGUGCUCAGAUGACACUGGCUUCUCUCUUUAGCUCUCUUAUCAUUGCAGGAGUGCACACUAUCAAAACGUUCCAGCUCUCCUUCUGUCACUCUAAUGUGGUCCCUCAGUUCUUUUGUGAUGUCCCCUCUUUGCUGAAGCUUUCUUGCUCGGACACCUUUAACAACAAACUCUUACUUCUUCUUUCUGCCAUUGUGAUCGGUGGUAGCUGCUUUACCUUCAUUGCCACAUCAUAUGCUCAGAUAUUAUCAACUGUGUUGAAGGUUCCUGUCAAAGGAGAGAGAGGGAAGGCCUUUUCCACCUGUGUCCCUCACAUUAUUGUGGUCUCUGUGUUUCUUAGUUCUGCUGCCUAUGUAUAUCUAAGACCUCCAGUAACCUUAGAAUUAGUCCAGGAGAUUACUCUUUCUGUAUUUUAUACCAUUGUUCCUCCAUUCUUAAAUCCUAUUAUUUAUAGCCUUAGGAACAAACAGAUAAAGGAGGCUGUGAAGAAAGUAACAUUAAGAAUUUUUUUCACAGUUGGAUACAAAAUGAAUGAGUAUUGGUCAGGGUGGUCUAGAGAAAAUGAACUAAUGAAAUAA